CAAAAACCUUGAAGCCUAAUCGAGUGGCUUUCUUGUGCAAUAUAGCUUUUGUUUUCAUUUUCUUCAUCAUUCAUGGCGAGACAUGAUAGUGUGAAAAUGCUUGUAUUAGUAAGUCUGUUGUUAAUUUUAGACAAUGCAUGUGUAUGUCUGUGCAAAAACAGAAGCUCAUCCUCCAUUUGCUUUGAAGAAGAAAGGGAUGCUCUAAUCCAGUUCAGACAAAAUCUCUCUGAUACAUCUCACCUCCUUUCCCCUUGGAACGGCGAAGAUUGUUGCCGAUGGACCGGAGUAAAGUGCGACCAAGUAAAUGGACAUGUCGUCAUGCUCCAGAUCACAUCAGGAACUGAUUUCCCAGUGAUUUCUUUCACAGCUAGUGAUCUGAACUCUUCUUUGCUCAACUUGAGAUACUUGAGCUACCUAGAGUUGAGCGGGAUCUAUUUCGAAAAUGCACACACAUUAAAAUUCAUUGGAUCGAUGAAACAGUUGAGGUACCUUAACUUUUCCAGCUCUUUUGGUUUUUCUAUUCCACGUGAAUGGGGGAAUCUCACCAAAUUGGAAGUCCUCGAUCUCCAUACUUAUUAUAACAUGGGUGUUGUUGAAGACAUUCUGUGGGUUUCGCAUCUUCAGGCAUUAAAGUACCUUGACAUGAGCGGAUUGAAUAUUACCGGAUCUAGAGACCAGAUGCAGGUGAUUAGCAAACUCCCAUCUUUAUUACAUUUGAGCCUAUCAAAUUGCGGGAUUUAUGAAGUUCACCUGCCUACUUCUCUUCAUCUUCAAUACCUCGAUCUUUCAGACAAUUUUUUCAGACGUCUCAUCCUGAGCACUAUAUUUCAAAACAUGACUUCUCUCCGGCACCUUGAUUUUUCAGGGACUUCUUUCAAAGGUCCCAUCCCAAGCACUAUAUUUCAAAACAUGACUUCUCUCAGGCACCUUGAUCUUUCAUGGAGUUCUUUUGAAGGUCCCAUCCCAAUCACUAUAUUUCAAAACGUGACUUCUCUUCGGCACCUUGAUCUUUCAGGGAACUCUUUCAAAGGUCCCAUCCCAAGCACUAUAUUUCAAAAUAUGAUUUCUCUCAAGCACCUUGAUCUUUCUUGGAAUUUUUUCAACUCUUCAGUACCAAGGUGCUUUGAUAACUUGAGAAGUCUUGUCGAUCUCGAUCUUACACACAAUCUUUUGCAAAGCAUUGAAGGAGGGUUGUUCUCUUUGUUAAGGAACCAACCAUUCCUCCGGUCACUAUUGCUGGGCCAUAACGAACUUCAUGAGGAGAUAUUUUCAGUUGAGGGAAAUUCUUCGGGGCGUAUCGGGAAAAACUUGGAGCGAUUGGAGAUAUAUAAUAAUUUUCUUGGGGGAGCUUUGCCAAAUUGGCUGGGGCACUUGAAAAACCUGACAGUACUUGACCUAUCACAUAAUCAAUUAACAGGGGAUAUUCCAGAGGCAUUAGGAAGAUUGCAAGUCUUGUUGUCUUUAGAUCUCAGUAACAAUCUUCUAAAUGGCACCAUUCCGCAUAGUCUCGGACAACUUCAAGAUCUUCACUAUUUAGAUCUUUCAGCAAAUUCCUUGAGAGGAACACUUUCCGAAAUCCACUUCUCCAACCUCUCGAAGCUGUCGUACUUAAAUAUCAGCAAAAACUAUUUAGCUUUCGAGGUGGAUUCCAACUGGAUACCGCCCUUCAAUCUCUGGUACAUUGGGAUGACGUCCUGCGAGUUCGGAACGGAAUUUCCGCGAUGGAUAAGAACGCAAGUCAAGGCAACAAAGAUAGAUCUGUCCAAUGCCUCCAUCACAGGAACUCUCCCAGAUUGGCUAGGUCUCAUGUCAUUCAACUUCCUGGAUCUCUCUUACAACCAAAUAAAUGGAACUCUGCCGAAAUUUCCUACCGAAUUGUAUUUGCUAGAUCUCUCUCACAACUUCAUCUCAGGAACUAUUCCGCAAGAUAUUGGCCUAGCGAUGCCUAAUUUGGAAUCCCUGUAUCUGAAUGAUAAUCUCUUGAGUGGUCCAAUACCGACCUCAUUAUGCGAGAUGGAACUGGAAGUGUUGCACCUUGGAAGGAAUGAAUUAGUUGGCAAAAUUCCUGCAUGUUGGAAGGAGAAUUUUAUGAGUCUCCUUGAUUUAUCAUCCAACAAAUUGUCUGGAGUCAUACCGAGUUCUUUGGGAAAUUUGUUUGGGCUUGGGUCAUUACACUUGAACAACAACAGUCUCCAUGGAGAAAUUCCUGUGACUAUGAAAAAUUGUACAAGCUUGCUUAUUUUGGAUCUUGGCGAGAACAAAAUCUCUGGAAGUGUUCCACAUUGGUUAGGACGAAGCUUUCAGUUUCUACAGAUUCUUAGACUGCGAGAUAACAUGUUCAAUGGCAGUAUUCCUCCACAGCUAUGCUUCCUCUCCGCGCUGCAAAUAUUGGACCUAGCAAUGAAUAAUCUAACAGGAAUAAUUCCAAAUUGUCUUGGCUAUAUGAACGGUAUGAAACUGAACAAAAGCAUAGAUGAUGGCAACUUAGUCUCCCCUCCUGCACCUUCCGCGCUUGUGGUCUCCCCUGCAGCUGCCGUGCUUUCGCCGAUGUCUCCAACGGAUUGGACUCAAGAGCAUGUGAAGCAGGUCACGAAGGGAAUAGACCUUGACUACACAACACUUGUUCUACAGCUUAUGGUCAAUUUGGAUCUCUCAAGCAACAAAUUGACUGGGCCAAUCCCCGAAGAGCUUACCUUGCUCUCCAAAUUGCGAGGCCUGAACUUAUCCGGCAACUUUCUUUCUGGAGGCAUCCCGUCUAGGAUUGGAUACAUGAUAUCACUCGAGUCACUUGAUCUUUCGAAUAAUCACCUUUCAGGAACAAUCCCACAAAGCUUUUCUGUAUUUACAUCACUGAGCAAACUAAACUUGUCGCACAACAACUUCACGGGUCCAAUUCCCAAAGGAAAUCAAAUCCAGACCCUUGUUGAUCCUUCCAUUUAUGCCGACAAUCCUCUACUUUGUGGCGAUCCUCUACUAAAGAAAUGCCCCGUUACAGAAGCCCCUCAAGCGCCAGAAGAAGACACCGAUGAGGAAAGUAAGAUUCAAAAGGUGAUGUUCUGCGUUGUCAUAAUGCUCGGGUUUGCGACUGGAUUUUGGGGAGUUAUUGGAGUUUUGGUGUACAAGAAGAAUUGGAGACGCGUCUACUUCGACUAUGUGGAUCGUAAAACAGACAUGGUCUACGUGAUUGUUGUAGUGAAGGCAGCCGAGUUGAGGAGGAGAUUGAGAAGAGCAUAACAGGCCCGUUCUCAACAUCAAUCAGUCAAAUCCUUCAU